AUGACUUUCCCUGCCAGGAGUCCAAAUCGCAAAUGCGAUCCCAAGUUCGUAAAACCGAUCUCUGGUCCACCUCGCAAAUGCGAGGUUCGCAAAUGCAGACAAGAUCUCGCACAUGCGAGACGUGAUACAUCAGCCCAAAAACCAGCAAAACUGAAACUCACUCAAACAUUUCGAAACGUGCAAAAGCCAUUUGGUCCAUUUGACAGUUUCGGGCUUAAGAAAAUUAAAUUCGGGCUAAAAUCCGGCGAAAGAACGAAAAAAGGAUCCACGUUAUUGCUUGACCGACCUCCUUUCACCGAUCAACGACUCUUUCGACCUUCCGCUAAUGAGUACUGCAUUCAGAACACAUUUAUUAGGACAUUGAGCUGGGUUUCAUGCAUUGUUGUUGAAGAGCAGUGCCAUGCACAGCUGUGUUCACUGGGUGGGUUACACAAAGAGUGUCAGAAAAUUGAUGCAAUGUCAGCAUCUAGUAAAUUUGAUCUAUCUUCCAGUAGUCCAGAUAGGCCACUGUAUGCCUCUGGGCAGCGUGGAUCCUACGCACCUGCUUCACUGGAUAGGUCGGGUAGCUUCCGUGAGAACAUGGAGAAUCCAAUCUUAUCUUCUCUUCCAAACAUGACGAGAAGUACUUUAACAGUAACACGUACAGAUGCCGUUAACUUUUUCCAGUGCUUACGUUUUGAUCCAAAAGCUAUGGUUACUGACCACAAACUUAAUCGGAAUAUUGAUUUCAAGCGGCUCACCAGUUUAGCUUUAGGUGCGCCAGUGGAGGAUUCUCCAUUGGUGUCUUCUAAAGGCAAACUGUUCCCUUCUCCCUCUGCGGAGGAGGCCAGACGGCUGAAGGCUGGUCUUCGGGAAAGCUGCACUAAAGCUAGGGAACGUGUGAAGAUAUUCACCGAAUCUUUAUCUGUGCUCAACAAAUGCUUUCCAAGCAUCCCAUCAAGGAAGAGAUCUCGGUCUGAUUCCCUAUCAAAUGACCGACACGUUACAUUAUUCCCAAGUGAUCGGUCAGUUUCAGGGACAAGCAUUGGUAAAACUGGAACGCAGAGUCAUUGUACUGCCAGUAGUUAUGAGUUGGAGCAACAAAAGUCUGAAGAAAGAGUUAAAACUGCUGUUCCAAGCAAACGCACUCGAACUUCUAUGGCCGAUGUUAGGCCUGAUGUACGGGCAAACACUCCCACAAGGUCGGCUGGGAACAUGGAUAGAGAUAGGGAGAUACUGAGGCUUCCAAAUGGUAGCACAAUUCAGGGAGAAGAUCGUACGUCAUCCAUUGCUGUAGAAGGUUGGGAGAAGUCGAGGAUGAAAAAGAAGCGUUCUGGAAUAAAACCAGAUGCUACUGGCUCCAUAACGACAAAACCUAUUGAUGGCCACAGGGAACCGAAGCAAGGAGUGCAGCCGCGGCUUCCUAGUGACAGCCGAUCAAGAUUUACUGAUAGCCAUGGCUUCAGACAUGGGCUUGCUCCUGGUGCUGUCGGAAAAGCUGAUGGUGCAACACAGCAUGUUACCUUAGGUGUACGUUCUUCCCUGUCUAAGAUUGACCAAGAUAACCAUCUUCAUCUCCUAGAUAGGAGAGAUCGUCCUCUUGGCUCAGAGAAAGAAAGGGUGAAUCUCAAAGCAGUCAGCAAUACAAUGAAAGCAGCUGCUCGUGAAGAAUUCACAUCCCCUAGCCCUACAUCGAGCACGAAAUUGAAUCCUGCUACUAGGGCUCCACGAUCAGGUUCAGGCGUUGCACCAAAGUUGUCUCCUCCAGUUCACCGCGCAGCUGCUGCAAAUGAUUGGGAAAUCUCUCAAUGUACAAACAAACUUCCAUCUGCUGUUGGGGCAGGUAAUCGCAAGCGCAACCCUUCUACAAGGUCCUCAUCACCACCUGUUGCUCAAUGGGCCAGCCAAAGGCCCCAGAAGAUAUCUCGACCCGCAAGAAGGAACAAUUUUCCCAUUGUUCCGAAUAAUGACGAAAUAUCUACCCUGGAUACCACAAGCGAUGUUCUACGUAAUGAGAGACAUUUGUCUAGCUCUUCCCCUCAACAAAAGUUAAAAAGUGAUGUCUUCUCUCCAGCUGUAUCAGAAACUGAGGAAUUAGGAGCUGCUGAAGUCAAGUCUAAAGACAAGAGCAAGAGGUCUGACGAAGUGGAUGAAAAAGCUGGGAAUGUGCAAAAGAUGUCAACACUGCUGCUACCGCCAAGGAAAAAUAAGGUGGUUAGUGGACAAGACUUUGGAGAUGGUAUUCGCAGGCAAGGGCGGAGUGGCAGGGGGUUUACCUCCACUAGGUCCCUAAUGCCAUUGAUGGCUGAAAAGCUUGGCAAUGUUGGGACUGCAAAACAACUUAGAACCUCUAGACAUGCUCUGGAUAAGCCAGAAAGCAAAGGAGGCAGACCACCUACAAGAAAGCUCUCUGAUCGUAAGGCUUAUAAACGACAGAAGCUUGCAACGAUGGAUGCUGCAGCGGAUUUUCUAGUUGGUUCAGAUGAUGGCCAUGAAGAGCUACUGGCUGCUGCAAGUGCUGUUACUAACACUGCUCAAGCCCUUUCGAGCUCAUUCUGGAAGCAGAUGGAGCCAUUUUUUCGUUUUAUAUCUGAAAUGGACACAGUCUUUCUGAGGCAACAGAUAAAUCAUGAGACUAAUCUGGCAGCAGCAGCCUCUGUGACUUUUGAUACUGAUGCUUCCAGUUUAAGUAGUGGUUUUGGGUUGAAUGAAGUCGGGGGACAGACAAAUGAAACACAGAGUUCCGAUCUUACCUCAGAACAUGGAGUCUCUGGAAAAAGUAAACCCAAGGGUAUUUCCUUGUACCAGAGGCUGUUGGCUGCUAUAGUACCUGAAGAGCUUUAUUGCAAUGGAAAGGAAGACCUUAACUCCAAUGUUUAUCGAUCUGGAUUUGAAAUCGAGAUGGAUUCAGAAUCUCAUACUUCCUGUGGGCAGAUGUUAUAUAGCAGUGAAACAUCCCGAUACUGUGCUUCUAAUGGAUACAGCAUAAAUGCCAAUGGGUGUUCUGUUGAUAAUUUGGACUACAUUAAGUCCGAUAAUGUUACAUCCGCGUUCGAAAGGGGGAAUUUUUCAAGCUAUGAUCAGUCACAAAAUGGUCUACUUUCAGAACAACAAACAAUGCCUGGCUUUGUUUGUUCCGAGUAUCAGUACAAUGAGAUGUCCAUUGAUGAGCGGCUUCUCAUGGAGAUUCGCUGUAUCGGAAUAUAUCCAGACCUGGAGUCUGAUUUUGCUGAGACUGGAAAUGAAGAGAUCAGUGCAGAAAUUAGUAAAUUACAUGAGAAACACCAUGAAAUGGUUUCUAAGAAGAAGAGGAUGCUCGGGAAACUGCUGGAUUCAGCUACACAGAUGAGAGAGUUACAAGAGAAGGAGUUUGAACAGCGUGCUCUUGAUAAACUGGUUGCAAUGGCAUACGAAAAAUAUAUGAGUUGUUGGGGUCCAAAUGCUCAUGGGAUGAAGAGUGCUAGCGGGAAACUGGCCAAGCAAGCUGCCUUAGCUUUUGUCAAGCGGACUUUGGAUCGAUGCCAAGAAUUUGAGCAGACAAGAAAGAGCUGCUUCAGUGAGCCUUUGUAUAAGGAUAUGUUUCUUUCUGGGAUAUCCCGCCUUAGUGAUGGACAAACAGAUUCGAACACUGAUGGCGAAGCUGGAAAAUCUUAUAUCAGCACAUCUGGCUGUUCAGGAGAAGCUAGAGUUUCAGCUUUGGGCGCACAGCAGAGCCCAUCGCUAAACCAGGAUAUAUCUUUUGAAGCCAAUUUACCUUCUGAAGCCAGUAGGGUCAAGCGGAGGGAGUUGGAAGAUGUUCUUGGUACUACCAUUGGUGCUUCUUCAGGCAUAGGUAGUUCACUUUUAAGCAGUGCAAAAGGGAAGAGAAGUGAGAGAGACCGAGAAGGAAAAGGAAAUGGCCGAGAGGCAUUAUCCCGCAAUGGAACAGCCAAAAUUGGUCGACCUGCCUCUUCCAAUGUUAAAGGAGAAAGAAAGCCUAAGACAAAACCUAAGCAGAAAACUACUCAGUUAUCCACCUCUGUCAAUGGCCUUUUUGGCAAGAUAUCGGAGCAACCUAAAUUGCUAGGAUCUUCAAUAGCAAGAUCAAGUGGUAUAAGUGCCACUGGAAAUGAUAAGACUGAUUGUAACUUGGAUGAACUAGAGGAUCCCAUUGACUUAUCCGGCCUGCAACUCCCAGAAAUGGAUGUUUUAGGUGUCCCUGACGAUCUUGGUGGUCAGGGACAGGACAUAGGCUCAUGGUUGAACAUCGAUGAUGAUGGAUUACAAGAUGACGACUUCAUGGGCCUUGAGAUUCCCAUGGAUGAUCUGUCAGACUUGAAUAUGAUGGUUUGAAGCUUCUUUUGCUGUAUAUUCCUGUUCAUUACCAUUCACCGGAGAAACCUUGUUGUCCAGAUACGACCACCAGUUACAUGUGGGUUGUGUGACUGUGCAGUCCUUAAGUAGGGCUGCAUAUUCUUUGGGAUACCUGUGUACCACUACAUUUUUGAGUGAACCCUUAGAGGAAGGAAGGGUUUUGUACCUAUAAGUUGAUGACUUUGACUGUAAAAAUCUUUUUGUACAAUGGUCAAGCCAGUACCGUAGUCAUAGUAUGUAGAAACACUGUAUUUGGUUUAGCAAUACAGGUCAGAGAACAACGUCUUUGUACAUAGAUUUUGAUUUUUCAAUAAGAUCACUUUUUACAAGUCAUCCCAUCCUCUACUCCAGUUAUAAUAAUGCGUAAAUUAAUGUUUGCGUGCUCUGUUUUUUGUGUUUUUUUCCGCAAAACGUUCAAAUUUCUAUCAUUAUAUGUAACUGAUAUCGUGGUGACUAUAUUGGUCUUUGUGUGAUGCAGGAAUGUGUUAUAGUUCAGGUUUGUUAUGUGCUGGUAUGGUUAGCCCUUACAGGGGAGGGAUGAACUAUUUUUGGGGAAUGCUAUAUGGUGACCUUUUUCCUGCAUUUCAUUAGUCUAACGUGCUGAGCUUAUUAUCAUUUUGUAGAAUGUACAUCCCAAUUCUAUGCGUGUCUGUGCGUAUGACACUAGCAUAUUAUUCUUCUCAGAUAUUGCCAACGUUAAAGCAACCUUAAUCUCCGCAAAGUAUAAUGGCAAUGGGAUGCUGCUCUUCAUGUUAGUAUAACAUCAUAGUCGCUGGACCUUUUGGUUUCUUUUAGUUGUGACUUGAAAUAUAAUGGCAGAUUUAGUCUGCAUUUAUUCACUUUGAUGGAAGACUACCUGAUAACUCAAACCAGGAUUCAGAAUACAUCAGCCUAUGGAGGUAUGGUUUUAGUUAUUCUUUCUGUCAGUCUUGCGAUUUUGGGGAUGUUCUGUUUUGAGUGGACCAUAGUAAUGCAUUUAAAAGAGACAAAAAAAAAAAAAGAAUUCUGUUUUGGAUCCUCCUGUACCUUCUGCCUUAUUUGCAUUUGUUUGUGCACAAGAAUGUUUCCAUAUUGGUUCAGCUGCUAAGUGCCAUUGGAUUGAGGAACUGCGAAGUAUAUCUUCUUUUUGUGACCACAGGAAUCUGUUAUAGUGCAGGUUUGUUAUGUGCUGGUAUGGUUAGCCCUUACAGGGGAGGGAUGAACUAUUUUUGGGUAAUGCUAUAUGGUGACCUUUUUCCUGUUCAUUAGUCUAAAGUGCGGAGCUUGUAUUUAUCAUGUUGUAGGAUAUACUUCCCAAUUCUAUGCGUGUCUGUUGUGUAUGACUGUGGCAUAUUAUUCUUCUCAGAUAUUGCCAACGUUGAAGCAACCUUAAUCCCUGCAAAGUAUCAUGGCAAUGGGAUGCUGCUCUUCAUGUUAGUAUAACAUCAUAGUCGCUGGACCUUUUGGUUUAUUUUAGUUGUGACUUGAAAUAUACUGACAGAUUUAGUCUGCAUUUAUUCACUUUGAUGGAAGACUACCUGAUAACUCAAACCAGGAUUCAGAAUACAUCAGCCGAUGGAGGUACGGUUUUAGUCUAUAGCUAUUCUUUCUGUCAGUCUAGCGAUUUUGGGAUUUUCUGUUUUGAAUGAACCAUAGUAAUGUGUUUAAAAAAGUUUUUAAAAUUCAAUUUUUAAUAUACUCCUGCCUAACUGCAAAAUAUUUUGCAGUAAAUUACUUUGUAUGAUUUAUGAAACGUGCGACAUCUGUAUGAUAACCGUUGCUCUAGUUCUAUGGGAAUAAACUUGUAUUACUUAAGAUACGUCAUUUGUUUUGGAUACGGUAAAAGUUUAUUAAAAAGGUGUCAAGAUGGUACAAAAGGAUACAAAAAACAUCCCAAACAACAUCAUCCACCUUCUAUCCUAUCCCUCCUAGCAUGUCCAGAAAUUCUAUAUACUGAUCCAGAUUUCUUAAGGGGAUGCAUUUUCACCAAUAAUACAGAUUAUGAAGACUUUAUUUCUUAAUUCUAAUAAUGUGAUUUUGAUGCCCUUCAAAACAAGCUUUGUUCCUCUCCAGCCAUAAUGUCCAUAUGAUGCAACAAUGGAAAGGUUCUCCAGAUCUGCUUUAGUCUUCAUGGUAUUUUCUGAGAUUGCCAAUUUUCUAGUAAACCCCUUACAGUUUGAGGCAUCACCCAAGAAACGCCACAAAUGCUUAAGAAUAUAUCCCAACACUGUCUGGAUAAUCAGGAGGAGAAGAUGGUUCACUGUUUCCUGUUCUUCUUCACACAGAUAACAUCUAUUACAUAGACUGAAGCCUCUUUUCUGCAAGUUGUCUUGAGUCAAACAAACCUCCCACGUCGCUGACCAUCCAAAGCAUGCUACCUUCACUGGUGCUCUGGUCUUCCAAAUCAUUUUCCAAGGCCAAUUGGUAACCCUAUAUCUUGACUUCUCUAUCAUCAUUUUGUAACAACUUUUUACUGAAAAAGUUUUACCCUCUCUAGCAGCAGCCCAGAUCAAUGAACCACCUUGCUUUGAUCAAUAAAAACAACUUCUAGUUGUUGGUGCAAGUGACAGAAAUCUUCAGCUUCCCAAUCAUCCAAAUUAAUUCUGAAUACUACCUGCCGCCCUGUAUCUGAGUAAAAAUCAGUAAUGUUUCCAGCCUUGUUAACAGAGUAAUUGAAAAGACUAGGAUAUUUAUCUUUCAGACACUCAUCUCCUAUCCUUCAAUCUGUCCAGAAUUUAAUUCUCUGUCCAUUCCCCACUUCCAGUUUAGUGUAACCUAGGAAUUCUUCCCUUAGUCUGCUAAUGCAUUUCCAAAUACUCCCCUCUUGCAUUUGUAUGCAAAGAGGAAGAUCUCCACUCUCUCUUGGUGUCAUAAAUAGCGUUUAUCAAAUUUUCCCAGACUUCCCUUCCAGCAUGUAUCUCCAUAGCCAUUUGAAGAGCAUGCACUUUUUAUGCAAUUUCAAGUUUCUUACACCAAGAUCUCCACCUUUCUUAUAAUUCAUUACCACCCGCCAUUUAAUUAAAUGUAUUCCUCCUCUUAGUGUUAUUUCCAUCCCAUAAGAAUUGAUUCCUCAUGGAAUUCAUUCUUUUCUCCACUGUUGCAGGCAUUGGGAAUAAAGACAUCAAAUAAGUUGGCAUUUCAUCUAACACACUAUUUAUUAGUGUAAGUGUACCCCCAAAAAAUAAGUAUUAUUUCUUCCAUGGAAUUAACUUUUUAGCACACCUGUCCAGGACCCCUUGCCAAAUAGUAUGAUCAUACCUCUUCAUCCCCAAGGGAAACCCUAAAUAAACUGUUGGGAACUUCUCCAUUUUACAACCCAGAUACGUCAUUUUAGCUUGCCAGCUAUCUGUUCUCCAUUCUCUUGUCAGUCUCUAGCUUUCCUCAGGACAUUUUGUACCAUGUGAGUUGACCCAUUCUUAUCUGACCUCGGAAGCCAUACCCCUACAUUGUAACUUGUCCUGGAUUCUCAACAGCUGAAUCUUCAUUCUCCUUUUCCACUCUUUCGCGCGGAGAACUUCUUUUGCUGGGUCGCACUUGCACAUUUCUGGGUUUGACCGUUCGUUCCUUAGUCUCACUAUGUUCAACUAAGCCACUUCGUCCCUAGAACCAACUCUUAUUGUGUAUGAGAUCGCCUGGCUAUUUGUGUAUUUGAUUGAAUCUUCUCAAAUUUAUUCCCCACUUGUAUAACCAAAAAGUUAAAUUGUGCUUGACAUGUGUGGCCAAGAAAGUUGGUUAAAGUCCCAGCCAUUAACACCACAAUUUUCUCUUCAAAAGCUGGCAAGGUUUUGAUUGAGGAGUUUCUGGUUUCUCAUUGCUGAAAGCCUGAGGAUCACUUUAGGACUGAUCGUCACCGCUUUCUCUCGAAAGGCUGGAACUUUCCUGUAAUAACAACUCAAGAUUAGAAGAACGAAAGACAUCAGAUCCAGCAUAGCUGCACCAGGCUGACAAAGAGGUGAGGCACCGGGGAUUGCCUAGGAUUUCUGUAUGACUGGUGAAGGUGAAAAUGCAGCCUUUACGGUUGGUUUGCUGGUUCAGUUUUCGACACAGUGGCAGUGAAGGUACUUCUUUUCCCCAUGUUCUCAUUUUGUUCGUAGUGUGUUAGUUUGGCUUACUUUUCACUCUUUUUCUGCUUUAUGAAGAAGGAAAUUUAAAGGAAAAGGUGCAACUCAUAAUUAACCUAGGACCGUUCAGCUUGUCACUGCAGAGGACAGCAUUCUCAGUCGUAGUGACACUAGCUCACUACCACCCAAAGCCCAUUGUCAACGAUUCACACACGCCUCCUCUCCUUGUCAUCGCCGUGCCAUGUGUUCAUGUGUGAUGUCAUCUCUGAUUAUCUCUUCUCGUCGACAUAUACUUCUUCAAGAUUAACUGAACUUCCUGAACCAUCCUUAGCUUAUUCCUUGCGCUCAGAUCUCAAGAGUUUCCGGCGUCCUUGGUAUUGGUUUUGAUCCCCUACUUUCUCUUUCACUCUCUUAUUUUUCUUUCAAUUCCUGCAGUUUCAUUUUGAUUCUUGUUGUUCUCAAUUCUACUUUUGAUUGCUUUAGAGUCUUCUCUGAAGAGCGCAAGUUGUAAGUCCCAGAAAAAAGUUAUCUGCUAUCUUUUUGGUCCAGAAAAAAGUUAUCUGCUUUCUUUUCUGUUUCUUUUGUAUGCUUUCUUAUCAUUAACAAAAGAAAAAAGAAUGAGAAGGGAAAAAGGUAGGAAAAUUCAAUUAUUGGAGCACCUCUUUUCCCUCCAUUCCCUUGUCUACUAUUUACUAAUGUUAACUUCCAGGUAGCGAGAAUCAUGUCUCUUGGGUGGUAUCAGUGCAAUUAUGGUUCGUGGAUUAAGUAUACUAGGACCAUCGAGCCAAAAGUUCUCAGAUAUUUGAUUGAGGAGCAUGGAUUAAAGAAGAUGCACAACUGUGCAUUCUUUUAUGGAAUUUCCUUGACCUUGAGCUGAUCAACCUUUUCCCGAUCCUGCAGAACCGGUUGCAAAGUCUGGGCCAAAGCUUAGAGCAUUAUACAACAGGGACAUCCAACGGAUUUUGUGCAAGUAACUAGCGUGGUUCUCCUUUAGCCAGCACCAAUACAUGGCAUGCUCUUUGGGUCAGGUCAAAACUCUAAAAGAAGAAAUCAACUUCCUUUUGAGCGCCCAACAACAGAGGGACAGUUUUUAUUAUGAUAAUGGCAUUGGUCGGAUUACAAUUGGAUCUUAGUUUGUUUCCAAAAUUGUUACACACAAAAGGACCUAUUAGGAAAGACAUGUUUGCUAGACUUUUGCCCAUCUCCUCAAUUGCACAUGAGAUAAUCGCGUUGGGAAUGUUUGUUAUGGCCAUGCAGACAGUCAGUAACAAACAAAGGAAAGCAUUGCACCUAUGUGAUAUGGUGGAUUUCCUGGAAGGAAAAGAACGCCAGGUGUUUUGAAGACAGAAACAGCUCUGUUCAGAAGAAAAAGAUGAAUUGCAUUCUGCUGCUUCAAUUUUGGUGUAAAGAAAAUUAUGUAAGUGAUGAAGAAUCCAUUCUAGAUAUUAUAGAAUGUAAGAAGAACAAGAAUAUGUUUUUGAUUACUUCUUAAGAAUCUCUUAAUGGUUACCAGCACAAUCUUUGUUC